AUGGUACGGCGCUCGGCUCGCAUCGAAACGAAAUUAACGCCAAAGCUCUGGUCACGAGAGGAAGAUGAUGACGAUUACGAGAGACCAGAGCUCCGCACUCCCGAGUACUCUCAGCGUGAAAACAUCCAUCGGUCGCCCUUUGGCCCGAGAAUCGAGGACAAGCUCAGGAUCCUAGGGCUCCGCUCCACCAGGAGGGCAGAUUUAGAACAAACCGACAGAUCCCGCUUCUUCUCGCGACUUAAGCAUCUAUCCGGUGAUCUCGAGGCCUCCAGACGGAAAGAAGAAGAGCGAAGAAUUGAUAGCGAUGUGGAACUCCGCUCACUCGAGGUCUUGGACGAGGACAACGACGGCCCCGUCUUUUAUUCCUUCGGCGAUUUGGCCAGCAGGGAAGAUGAAUAUGGGUACCUCAACGGCGAAAACGCAUCAGACGACGACUCUACCGUCAGCCCGGAGGAGGAGCACUUCGAAGGUUCGCCGAGUCCGGUGCAGCAGCAAGUGUCUCCGCCGGGAAGCAAUCAACGUGGCCCUGCAGCCUACCAUGUUAUCAAAUCUCUUUACGCCGGUGAUGGGUACGAGGGGGGCCACCACUCGGCCAAGCUGACGGCCGUCUUGAGCGAUCGGGCCGUCAUCUCACAGUCCAUGUUCCGAUGGAUUCACUUUGCACGGUCAUCCAUGGACAUUGACGACUUCUCGGCACAAGUUGCUCUGAUACCGGGCCUCUCCAGUGCCGAAACCGCCGGACUCCGGAGCAUGAUUGCGAGCAUCAAGCGAGACAACGUCCUUAAGGUCCAGGUAUCGGACGGGAACCUCGCCAAGUCCGUUAAGGGGUUAACGCCCUCGCCGGCUCGGCCGUCACUGUUCAGGGACAAGACGCUGGGGGAGUACUUUAUCAACCUCGAGCACCAAAUACUGCACAAGACUAGCCUCGGAGAUGGAUCCGCAUACAGAGCUACUGAGGCGAUGGAACGUUCUGCAGUGCACAAGCUGUUAGAAAGUGAGCGGCAACGCUUAUAUGAAACGUACUCUCCGAAACAGCAGAGAGAUUUCAACAGGCGUGUUGCUCUGUUCUUGUUGGCCGACGCCGUGUUCAACUUCUUUUUUCCGCAAGAUAUGUUGGGUAUCACAACCAGCGGAAAGUUCUGGGGUGCCGUCGCGCGAUUGGUUAUGCCUGAGAGCUCCGAAACUCCAGAGGCCAACGCCACUCUUUCCGACUCGAAAAAGUCUAACGUCGCCGAGGUUCCAAGGCCAUCGUGGAGGAGCAACCUAGAUCUUCUCGAAUCAUUCCUGGGUGCUUUGAGGGAGGAUAUAUUUGCCUUCACAGAGAUCUUUGCGAGCAUCGAGGAGCCCGACCGAGAAUAUAUCAAGACACCUCCCACCUUGACGAACGCCUGGGUACACAUCAUCCUCGCUCUCGCCACUUUCCCGCACAACCAAGAACGAUCUUUGCAGCUGGCAGACCGGGCAAGAUCCGAAGUCAACGACGGAAUGGGUGAGAUUAUCGCGGCUCGAUCUGAGCCGCUCGAUGUUUGCAACUUGGUGAUGCUGCCCUCUGAUAUGGUGGCGCUUAUGUGCCUAAAACUCACGGACAAUCCUACACCGAACAUGCCACACAUUUUCAGUGUUUACGGGUCAUAUCUGAGGAUGAUUGAAUCGGAGAUCGACACAGCCCCCGACCGAAAAAUCGAGAUCAAGCUCCGUCUCUUGCGCCAAGAGCUAGGGGCUAUACGCUCUGUUGUCGUGGUCACGGCCAACGAUGUGCAUUUCAUCGCCACGAAGCGCUCCGAGCCCACAUCAUGGUUCUCGGUAAGACUGCCAGCCGACGGCACCAUGGAGUCCAUGGCCGAAGGCAUACUCGGUCCCGACCGCUAUGGUAAUCCCAACCCGUGCGGCUUUAGUUAUAUACUUCUACGCGACUGCUUGAGCGAGCUACGCGCAAUGGUGUACGAGCUGAGCAGGACCACCGAAGCAGUUGAGAGGCUUUCGACCGUCAACCGGGAACGAAUCGGAGAGACCAAGGACCGGCAGGAGCGCGCCAUCUACGCCUUCACCAUGGUCACGGUCGUCUUCCUUCCCCUCUCGGCCGUCGCCUCCAUCUUCGGCAUGAACUCGUCCGACAUCCGCGACAUGGAACUUGGCCAGUGGGCCUACUGGGCCACCGCCCUCCCCGUCACCGCCGCUGUCAUGGUCCUGGGUCUGCUGGUCACGGGCGACCUGGAGGUUGCCCACCGGUGGUUCGAGCAGCGCAUUUCCCGGCCGCGGGGGAAAGUGACGUGGGAGACGGACAGUGGUGAGAAAUGA